GAAUGCAAAUGUAUAUAAAAUUUUCAGGAGCGUUUUCGCGAUCAGCAGUGAAUCAUAAUGCAGGAAGCAAAACAGCAGUUUCAAACAUAGUAAUGGCAGUGACAAUAAUGGUAACACUCCUGUUUCUCAUGCCACUCUUCAAAUACACACCAAAUGUUAUACUAGGGGCGAUCAUCGUUACUGCUGUUAUUGGCCUAAUCGACAUCUCAGCCGCUUAUCAAAUCUGGAAGAUCGAUAAGUUCGAUUUCAUUGUCUUGUUAUGUGCAUUCUUUGGAGUCAUUUUCAUUUCUGUCCAGAAUGGUCUUGCCAUUGCAGUUGGAAUAUCAAUAUUUAAGGUGUUGCUGCAAAUUACAAGGCCAAAAACAGUGUUGUUAGGAAAUAUACCUGGUACAAGAAUUUAUAGGAAUUUAGAUCAUUAUAAGGAAGCUUUGAGUGUACCUGGUUUCCUCAUUUUAAGCAUUGAAGCUCCAAUUAACUUUGCCAAUACAACUUAUCUCAAAGAAAGGAUUUCAAGGUGGAUGGAAGAGUAUGAGUCGGGAGAAACAAAAAAGCAGUCAGAGCUAAGAUAUGUGGUCCUUGAUUUGUCUGGUAAGUUGACUCAAACAUGAUUCAUAAAACAGGGCAGUGCGAUGCUAUUUAGAAAUUAGCCAAUAUUUAUUUUAUCCUGAAGUUUUAAACUAAAAAUCUUAACUUCCGGACAAUCCUAGACAUUUUUGUCCCGAAAAUUUGAACUGGAAAACUGAAAAUCAUAAUGCACCGACUAAUUUCUAAAUAACUGCCUUUUAGAGUGGCUAUUUGGUGUCA